AUGGACAUUAUCGCCCGAACAUUUGGAACGGUGGGUGAUCUGUACACCCGCCUGAAACGCGAACCGAAAACGACAGGAUCCGGCUAUGAAACAACGCUACGAUCGACGGGGAUACCUUCGAGAUACACGCCAAAGGAUAAAGCUAAGGGAAACAAGGCCAACAAAAAAGGAAAGGCUUCCCUCAAAUGCAACAUUUGCGGCCGGCAAUUUGAGAGGAAAAACCACUUCCAAAACCACAUGCGACUUCAUACAGACGGAGCCCCGUAUCGGUGCGAAGUAUGCGCCGAAGAGUUCUACCAAAUGCACGCCUUCAAAAGACACCAGCUCCGCCACACCGGUGAACGGCCCUUCAAGUGCGACAUCUGCGGCAACACCUUUCCCGUGGUGUACAGUUAUAAAGUACAUAUGCGGUUGCAUACGGCCGAGAUUAAAUGCGACGAAUGCAACAAACCUUGCUAUUCACCACUUGCGCUCAAAAGACAUCAAAUGUCGCAGCAUACAGGCGAGCGGCCGUACAAGUGUGAAAUCUGUGGAAAAUCGUUUGUACUAGCGCGUCAUCGAAAGCACCACGUGACCACCCAUACUGGCGAGCAACCCUUCCGGUGCGACAUCUGCGGUAAAAGAUACACCACAAAAGGCAAUCUGGAUAUCCACGGGCGAACUCAUACCGGCGAACGUCCGUACAAGUGUGACGUAUGUGGCAAAACAUUCGGUAGACCCAGUGCCUUCCGGGUUCACGCUGCUGUUCAUAGUAAGGAUCUUCCGUUCGAAUGUGACACGUGUGGUAAAAAAUUCGCCACCAGUGCACUUCUCAAAAGACACGUUCAAAUACACGACGGAACACGUCCACAUAAAUGCGGUAUAUGCGGUAAGGGAUACAAAUUGAAGGGCGAUCUUGUCCAGCACUAUUAUUGUCACAGCGAACAGCGGUACCCGUGCGAACUCUGUGGAUCAACGUACGGUUCGAAGACCGCGCUGAAAAACCAUCGGAAGAAGCAUACCGCCAACCCGACGACGGAUGGUCGGUAUAAGUGUGAGGUCUGCGGAACGUGCUUCACUAGAAAGAGUGCUCUUACGAACCAUAAGGCGGUGCAUUCCUAA